AGCUGCAUCAGGUGCUCAUGAUCACAACAUGUUUUAGAUGGGCCAGUUCUACUAUGCAGCCAAAGCAUUCGAUGCACUGGAGAAGCUGGACCCAAGUUCCAACUACUGGGAGGGCAAAAGAGGGGCAUGUGUUGGCAUCUUCCAGCUCAUACUGGCAAACAAGGAGCCCAAGGAGACACUGAAAGAGGUGGUGUCCCUGCUGCGAAAUUCAGGAAACCCACAGGUUGAAUACAUCAUCCGAACUCUGAGGAAGUGGGCCAAAGAGAACAGAGUCCUCCUCUCCUGACAGCACUCAGUCAGCUCGCCACGAGUCUACAUCAAGAGUAGCUACAUUAUGCGGAUGUUAGCAGUCAUUAUAGUCCAUUUGAUAAUUUCACUUGAAGCUUAGAAAUAUGAAGUUAUUGCUAGUUAUAUGCUAUACUGUAGUGUUUUGUAUUAAAAUAUGUACGUUUUAAAUUGCAGUUCUCUAUGUACUUGUAUGUAUAUUCUUAUUAAAUUGUGACUGUAUUCU